AUGAUUGAUCCAACUCUUGAAGGUGAUCCCGCCGACAAUCCAACUGAUGGCGCGGGUCCUUCCAUUUCGGAUGUUGCUGGUAUUUCCAACGAGACAGAAAGACGCAACGAAGAGGCUGAACAGCUUCAAAACGAGUUUGAAUCGCAUGCAAAAUCCAUGCAAGAAAUCCAUAAGAAAAUUGUCUCCAACCGAUCGGCAUCAAAGGCCUUGAACAACCUUGCCAAGAAUACUACGAAAAACAAAAAGGCUAAGGAUCGAUCAAGUACUCAGCGACGACCUCACCAACCAAUCAGCGGCGAGGUCAAGAAGCUAAUCAAAAAUGAAAUCUUUGAGAAUAACAAGACACAAGUUGAAGUCGCUAAAUCGUUUGGCGUAUCAGACCAACAAGAUACCCCAAGCACCACACUCAAAAAACUUGCUGAACAUGUCAAAAGCGAAUUUGAUAUCCAAGUUACACCGGCAGCCAUCCAGAAGACUCUCAAAACAAUCAAAGUGACUUGGAAGACUGUCACUCCCAUUCCACAAAAGUGGAAUGAGGCAGCAUUCCUCCAACAACGACACGAUUACGUCUUGAACCGUGUGACCAAUGUUGGACAGAAGCUCAUCUUUGUUGAUGAGUCUGGUUUCAACUCUGAGACUCGUCCUUUGCAUGGUUAUGCGAAAUGCGGCUGCUUUGAAGACAAAUGCGCGAGGGAGUAUGAUCAAUCUCAUUGGUGCAAUGUCCGAAGAGGGGAUGCCAUACUACGAACUGCUUAA